GUGGUCAAGAUAGCCCCGGAACCGGUUCACACUGUGGUGGAGGACAGCAGCCAGGAGGUCGAGGUGUACCUCAGUGCUGUUGUUGGCUACCCCGAGUUGAAGCUGAACACAGUGGUGGUUCAGUUCAAGGAUACCUUGCCCUUCCACACAAGGACAGCCACUUUAAAGCUAUGCAACACAGGGAAGGUAGCCCUGGAAUACUACUGGGAGGAAGCUGCAGGGAGUGAAGCAGUGAAGAUGCCACAAUCAACUGCUCUGACAAGUCAGUUCCUCUCCUCUGAAACUUUAAGGCAUUACAGAAAGCUGCUGCAUCGUUUUGGAUUGCAGCAGGAGCAUCCUUUUGAAACUCAUUCUUCUGAGCUGGAGCAGCUGCAGCAGCUUGCCAAGCAGCAGCAGGAUUCCAAGCAGCCGCAGCAGCCUGAGCAGCAGGACCAUUCCAAGAAGCUACGCCGCUCAAAGUGUGAUGGUUCCUGCCUAGAAAUCUUCCCAGAUGUCAUCCCUGACCUGCCACUGUUCUCCAUCAAGCCCUACCAUGGCAUCCUUGCUCCUGGCCAGAAGCAGACCUUUUAUGUGCGGUUCUCCCCGAAGCGCGUGGGGAUGUUUAAGACCACCCUGCUGUGCAGGUUUCCUAACCUGGAGCUGGCUCAGAAGAUAGGGCAGGUGACUGUGAAAGGCAGAGCCCUGGAGCGGAAGAGUCUUGCUAAACAGAGACGCUCUGCAUUAGAGCAGACAGAGAAAGACCAGGGACUCAAGAAGCAGGUGCUCUGGAAACCAGCAUCCGAGGGACAGUGUGUGUGUCAGCUGGAGCCUCCUGCAGAAGCCACCAACAUCGUGCCUUCUGCGGAUGAUGGUCUCCCACCCUUCACCAGAGCCCUCCACAGCUACCCUUCCAAGCUUCAGUGA